UUUAUUCGCCGAGAGAGAGAGAGAAAACAAAUAAAAAUGGCUAGCCGAAAAGUUCUGUUUAACGUUCACCGGAUCAUUCGCUCCACCGCCGUCAUUGGCCGGAGCUCCGUUAUUCCUACCCCUUCAAACCAGACGUAUCCUGUUAUUUUCCGGAAUGGAGUUGAUUUAGGGACCAGGUUCUUCUGUGUGUCACCACAGAAUUUUGAUAUUGAUCUCUCUAACGAAGAGAAUAAGAGAAGAACUAUCAACAGAUUGUUGUAUAGGAGCAAGCAAAGAGGGUUUCUGGAACUUGAUCUUGUUUUGGGAAAUUGGGUUGAGGAGAAUGUUAAAUCCAUGGAUGAAAGUGGUGUCAAAUCCCUAAUCCAUGUCCUGAAUUUGGAAAAUCCUGAUCUCUGGAAAUGGCUAACUGAACAGGAACAGCCUCCGGAGGCAGUGAGCUCAAAUCCGGUGUUCUCGGCGUUGCACGAGAAAGUCAUGAAGAAUCUGAACAAGCAUGCAGCACCAGAGACACGCGCAGCCGCUGGACAGCCAUGGGUCAAAGGCUGGGACGAUUUCAAGAGAGGCCGUGAUGCUCCCAUUUCAGGGAAUCAGUAAACAUAAACUCCUCUUUUACAAAAGUAACAAACUGCAAAAACAUUAAUGUAAAGUAUCUGAGAACAGAUACCAAAAUCGUAGCAACCAUUACUUUUACUAUUGUAUCAAUAAAAGAACUAGGCCGUGAAGAAGGUCCCGAUAACGUUGAGAUAAUUACAGUGUUGUGUCUUGUUUGUUAAAGUUUCUUGCUACUAAUAUUGGUAUCAUGGGAUUGUGGUUUGGUUCUAUUAAUAUAUGUGCCGAGUUUGUAAGUA